AAUAUAUCAAUUUGAUGUCACAUAUGUUAAUACUAUUUUCGAUAAAGUUAGUCAAUUUAUUUAAACUUUGACUUAGAACAAAACAAAAGUUAGAUGUACACUUAUUCGUGGACGGAGAGAGUAGAUUAAACUUGUCUUUUUUUAAUAAUAACCUGUCGAUGCGGUGCUCUGGUGAUAGCCAUGGCGACCCGUUGACCGAUGGAGACCGCCGUGGCGGCGCCGACGCCGGGCUGGGCGCAGGGCAAGGCGGCGGGUGGAGUGAGAGGGGGGGUGGGUGGCCUCUCCAGCGUGGAGCGGAGCACCUUCAAACAACGGGGGAUGGAGACCCCCUUGGCGGCACCGACGCCGGACCGGGUGCAGGGCAAGGCGGCGCCGACGCCUGGCCGGGCGCCGGGCAAGGCGGUGGGAGGAGUGAGUGGGGGUGUGUGUGGCCUCUACAACGAUGAGUGGAGCACCUUCAAACAGCGGGGGAGAAAAAUCCUCCGGCGGGCGACAGACCAGAAAGGUUGUCUGCGGAGAUUGCGGGAGAAGGCGGAUGCGUUCCUUAAGAUGGAUUCGUUUGCAGCGAAAUCAAAGGGAGAGGGACGCCAAAUUCUUCCAGGUCAGACUGAGGCUGAGAUCUCGGUCUCUGAUUUGGCAAGGAUAGACCAAAUUCAGGUGAGUUAUGGGCAGAGUGAAGAAUCAGUUUCUUCCAAAAUUAAUUCCAAAUUUGUUUCCGUUGGGAUUGGGGAUUAUGCUGGUUUAAUUCUCAGCGCUAAUAGCGUUAGUAUGAGGGAGAAAUUUGUGGUGUCAAGGGAGUAUUUAAGGGAAGGGAAUCAGGGAGAGUUGUACCAAUUUUGGAUGUACUCUGUUCCUCUUCCUCCUGUGUCUGCGCUCUGUCCUCUUUGUGUGAAACAGGAACCGAUGGCCACCAGUCGGGAGACAGAGAUGGACCUAGACGGUGGCGCCAUGAGUACUGGUACCAACUUGGGCGCACCGGUGAUGGGAUCGGAUGGCGCCGUGGUCGCCGUGGGCGCCGCUAGCGCGGCCACUUCUGCUCCUGCGUCCGCUGAUGCAGUGGCUAGAGAGAAGACCAACACCCCGAUGCUGGAGAAGCGGAAGGCAACAGUGGGUGGCCCGGCUGGGCUGGCGAUCACCACCACUCCUAAAACUGUCGUUGGCUUCACGGCUGCGGUGGCGCCUCCCCAACUCCGUAGAUACGGGAAGAUCAAGGAGGCCUCGAGCUCGAGGGCUCCCAACAAGCCAAUCGUCAUCAACCUGGAGGCGGCUCUUCGGGCGGUGGCCGGAAAGCUGGUGGUCGGCCGGGUGCUCUCUCCGUACCCGGUUGACCCCAAGAUGGUCGUCAACGAGCUCAGAGGACCGUGGCGGCUACGCGGCGAUGCCGUGGCCCAGCGUGUCACCAGUGAAGACCGCCGCUUCAUCAUCACUUUCAAGGAGGAGGGUGACCGGAGUCACGUUUUGCAUGCUGGGCCAUGGCAUUUCAGAGAUGAUGUUGUGGUGCUUGCGGCCUUCGACGGGAGGGGAAAUCCGGAAGACGUGCCCCUCGACUCCAUCAAGAUCUGGGUACAAAUCUGGGGCCUUCCUGUCCCACUCAAGACGGUGGAGAUGGGCAAAGUGAUGGGCGACAAGCUCGGCAAAGUGGUCGCGGUCUCCCACAAGGACAAGAUGAUCGUCGACGAGCACCUUCGUGUCCGGGCUGAGCAUCGUGUGGAGGAGCCACUGCGGAAAGUCAUCGACACGGUCGAAACUAUGUUGGACGGCAACACAAAAGAGGUCCUGUAUGAUGUAAAGCGCCGGUGCUCUGGAAGAGGCCUCAGGUGGGGGUUGGUCCAGAGCGCCGCGGAGGACAGACCCUCUCCAUGGUGGUCCAAGAGAGGGAGUCCAGGGAACCUGUCGUGCUUCCGGAGAAGGUCGUCACCGCCGUGUUGACUGCGGUGCAGAACUUGACGGUGGAGGCUUGCCCGCAGCUGCGGGGUGAUCCGGCCAAGGGCGGACUGGAGGACGACCACGCAGUAGGGUCAGGGGUUGCCCAGGUGGGGUGGCCUUCGCUGACUGACCCUACUAAGGAUCGUGACCAAGGUGGCGAGGGCGCCAUCCAGGAGCUGUCAAAGGCGUUGGCUGCCCACGACAGCCAGCUUGAUCUGCUGGCGGCCGGUGAAGGGGCGCAGCCUUCUGCUGGUGCUGCGGACGGACCGGCAGAUGCCCUCCCUGUUGAUGCUGCAGGCAGAAAUCACUGUUUUGACCUAAGGACGAAAUCAAUUCACAAA